GGCUCAUAUACAAAUACCGCAUCUGAGUCACAACGAAGAUACUCUACAGUACCUACGCCGUCGGCCAACACUUCCCUUUCCAUCUUUCAGUUUUCCAGACUCUCCAUAAUGUCUACCCCGUCCAAAGAUCAGAAAUGGGAUCGCUAUGAUCUAGAGCAAAGAGGGUUUUACUACAAUGACGACAGCCGUCCCCCAAUGAAACCAUUCCCACGGCAUGUCGAGGCUCUCCGGCAGGCAAUACUUGACUUUACAUGUGAAAAAGACUAUGAUAGGAAACUAAUUGUAAGUGGAGAGACUGUAUUUUACCAAAGUGCUCAUCUGUUUUCCGUAGAUGGUCCAUCUGACUAGCAACAUAGGUUAAAAUCGAAAAUUCGGCUAUGUACUUAUACGAGACGAAAAGUGCCGAGCCGGCUUGGAAAGACUUCUUUCAAGAGAAUUUCUUUCGCCCUCUUCUAGAUGACGUCUCCGUCUCACAAGAAGACUCACGCAGGUCAGUUAAGAAUUCUUUAUCCUAAGAACUUUUAAUAAUAUGCGACCUUUUAGAGUUUCACGAGCUAACUAUUACUAUGACACUGUAAUAUCGUAAGUAGUUUUAUAAAUGAGUAUAAAAGCUUCCGACUAACGAGAAUUUACCAGUGAAUCAGAUGAUCUAUGGGUUACAUUUGACGGAAAGGGCAGCCUUGGUGAUUCACUUCCUGAUUUGUUUUACAACAAGAAACGCCCCCAACCCGAUCGUGCUUUUUAUUUUCCGAUAUACCAUCUGACGGAAGAAUCUCAUGUUCCUAGAAUAGUUGACCGCGAGGCCCUGAAGUGGCACAAAGCAUCAAUGCCAGCCCUUGUGGAGUCGUUCUCAUGGCCCGAUCUGAAAAGGCUUUAUGCCCACGGCUUACGACCAUCUCCCUUCCAUGCUUUCGACAAAAGGAAGCCCCUAGAAAAACACCUGAAGUGCUUUCCAUGGCUCGUUAUUGAGCACAAGAAGAUGCCUGAGACUGGCGAGAAAUUGAAGGAGGUUGCUUACUGCCAAGCGGUCAAUGGUAGCGGAUGCGCCGUCAGGUUGAACCAGAUCGCUGCGAAGUAUACUCCUGAGUUGGCUAGACAGGCACAUGUCCCUCCGAUUCCAGCUGUGACCACAGUUGGGCCUGAAGUCAAGGUCUGGAUAACGUAUUAUAUCAAAGACUUUUUCCCAUAUUUCGACGAUGAAUACGACGAACAGCAGUUCCGCAGACACGAUUCAGCUUAUAUGAUGCGAUGCAUUUGGGAUGGAGAUAUGACUGAACCUGAGGAUAUUGUCAAGUUCCGACUCAUACUCGAAAACAUCCACACCUGGGCAACGCGAGUUUUCAAGCCAUUGAUCACCACAUAUAUUGAUCAAUGGAGGUUUGUUCACUCUCCCUCUAGCCAACAGAGAAUGGAGCUCUCGAGAAGUGCACUUCGAUUUGUUCAGCGCGCUUUGGAUGGACAGCCAGACCCCGAAGAUGAUGAUCUGGAUCAAGAUGCCAAUAUGAGGCUAAUGGAACUCUGCGAUACAUUCGUUCAAGCUGCGCACCAAAUUAUGGACGAGAAGCUUGAGAGGCUACGCCUGAAGAACCUGCAAGAUUCAUCCUUUAAACUUUCGCGCAGAAGGACACGCGCAGCCAGCGAACAACCUCCACAAACCAUGAGCUGCUUGAGUCCUGAUGUUGCACUAUCACCUCCACACACUGAUCCGCGUGGAAGCCCAAGGUUUCGAGCACGAAGCGUUUCACGGCCAUGUACUCCGUCAAGCCCAACUCCUGGCGCGAGGUCCAGAGCACAGCAAGUCGCUUCACCUCUCCAGAUAGCCAUGGCAACCGCGGCAGCCAGGGGGGCCAAGAGACGAGAAAGCGGGAGUAAAUCCCUCGAAUCACCGCCUGAAAUCGUACCUCAACUGACUCUCACACCUGAGGGAGCGGCUGAUUACAAGAUCCUCGAUGACUCGCCUUCAAUUGAAUCGUCAAGCAUCGACACACCAGCUGACGAGAGAUAUGGGGAAAUCUUGAUGCCCGGCGCCUUUCCAUUAGUCACGCCGGCCAAAUCCGUACAGUCUUCUGUUUCUGAUAUCGAUCCCAACGAGGAUGGGGUGGUGUCUAGUCACUUGCAAAACCUAUCAAAGGGCUUCGCCAAUAUGUUCCUGGGACGAACUCCAUAGUGAGAAUGAUGAAGCGAACGGUAGCAGCGGUACAGCUUGCUGGUAGAUAAGUGUACUUUUAUGUAAUUGUUCAAAUUGAUA